AUGAACAACGAAAUCACGAAAAGCUUGUUUCCAUAUGAGGCGAAAUUUUUUAAGGGCAUUUUUGACAAGUAUAUAAAAAAUGAAGACUACAACGAAGAGCUGAAGGUGGUUAGGAGCUCCAAGAAUUUAAUGGAGGAAGUAAUUAGCAAAGAAAAUGGAUUAAAUUUUUAUUUGGACGAACACUCUGAUGACACAUUUUUGCAACAAUGCAAGUUAGAGUUUUUUCGAAAAAUGCUGAAGUAUGUCUAUGGGAGGAAGGAGAAAGAUGUGCCUCAGGGGGGGAGUUCUUCCGACGUGGGAUGGACGGGGCAAAGUGUAGAUACGGUUGGUGAGCAGAAGGGAAAGCAUGUUAUCGAAGGAAUCGGCAAUGUAAAGGAGCUGCAUGACUAUUUCGUGUUUAACAAAAAAAUUAACGUCAUAAAUAGUUAUCGAAUUUACAGCUACUGCUCGAAUAUCAUUCAAUCCCUUCCCUCGCUCACCUACUUUUCUGUUGUUAAGAUAUACUUGGCGAAUUACCCGUUGAGUGUCUUUUUGUCUUGUGUUUACUUUUACACGUUUGUGACGUACGUGUGUGACAGGGAGAACCUGAUAGAGUUCCUGGGGUCGCUGUUCUUCUCCCUCAUAGUGACCAUCGGCUGCGUGGCCCUGACCGCCGUGCACUACGAGAAGGAAAACAGAAUGAACUCGAUUAUGUCCAAGAUGAACAAUUUUAAAGAAAAUUACAUAUGUCGGAACUUUAUAAAAAAUAAAGAGAAAGGAAAAAGCAAGUUUGCCCCGUUUGAAAGCAAAAAAACGAUAGAAAUAAAAAAAUAUUCCAAGUAUUUCUUCCUGAAGAGUUUUUUGAACAGAAUAAAUGCAGAGCUCUUUGACUACGAGGUGUUCAAGGGGGACAAGCACUUCAGUUAUGUGCAGGAAAAUUUUAAGGACAUUAUCCCCUUGGGGCAUUCCCCUGAGAAUUCUGAGGGAGACGCGAAGCAGGGGGGAGAGUUAACGCCAAAUGGGAAAACCUUGGAGGGAAAAAGUGCAAACAUGUCCAGCGUAAGUGCAAACAUAUCCGGCGUAACUGCAAACACGCCAAGAGUGAGCGUGGAGGGUGUAUUCCCAGACAGGAGAAGAAAGACGGGAUCGAAGUUGCUAUCCUGUGAAGAGCAAAAGGAUGGACACGUAGAGAUGAACGAUGAGGAAAGAAGAUCCAAAGUAGCUGCCAAGAAGAAGGUGCUCCUAAGUAACGAGUCAGACGGGGAGAAUAACCACAGUGGAGACAUUCAAAAGGUAGGCAAAUGUGAAGAGGGCAGAAGGAACUCUACCGAAAUAGCAAAAGAGAAAAAAAGGAACCUACUAAACUACAUAAUAUUCGAGAACAAUAUAUACACAAUUAACAGUAAGAACAUUUUAGUAGGUGAUAUUGUGUACCUGUUCAAAGGGGAUGUGAUUCCAGCAGAUGGAAUCCUCAUCAAAAGUAACAACAUGGUUGUAGAUGAGUCCAACAUUUUAAAAUCAGAAAAAAGAUGGAAGAAAAAAAUUAGCCUUGAUGAAUAUAUGUACUACUAUGAGAAAUCUAAAAAGAGGAAGAUCAGCGUUAACGAGUUAAGGAAAAAGAAAUUAAAUUAUUUCGAAAUACUCAAUUUGAAGGUUAGGAUGACAUUGAAAAGAUUUAGUAGAGAAGAGGGAGAGCCAAAUGUAGAAAUCCCAAAGGGGGAACAUAAUAGUGAUGAGACUCCAGAAGGUGAAGAAAAAAAAAUGGAUAAAUUAAAUCAAAGUGGAAAUGAAAAAGGGGAAGAAAAUCGAGGUAGCAAAAAUAAUAGAUUAGUUACAAAUUUUGAAAAACUAUUUGAAUACUCCCCUCUUGUCCUGUCAGAAUCGACAGUACGAGAAGGAACAGGUAUCAUGCUAACCACCUGCGUUAGUAAAAAUAAGCAGAUGUUCCAAAAUACAAUUAAAGACAUGGAGGAGAGUACAGAACUGGAAGACAUCAUAAAUAGCUUUUCAAAAAAUGUGGUCAUUAUAAUAAUUUUUUAUUGCAUCCUCUGCAUCCUGUUCGUAUUUAUUCACUUCUUAAUUAAUAUGGUAGAGAAUAAUAUGCAGACUUUUGCCUACAAUUUGCUAAUGUUUUUGCUUAACUGUAUCAUUUUGGAGAUCCUCAAGUACCUUUUACUCUCCAUUGACCAAAUGCCUCUGCUCCUGCAAAACUGCAUAGCGUUAAAUUGGAGGCAAAUAAUGCGGGAAAAUUUUAUCCUAAAGAGAAAAAAUACUUUCGAGAAAAUUCUUUUCACUAACAUGAUUUAUGUAGACUUGGAGAGGUACACAAAGUACAGGUGUGUGUUCUUCUUUUGCAAUUCGGAUAUAUGCUUUUCCACAGACUGGGAUGCAGGGGCAGAUCUGAAAGUAGAUCAAAAAUUCGUUAGCUUGGCUAAGGACCAGGGGAAAAAUACAGAAAUAUCGAGGAGUCUCUUUUUCAAGAUGCUCGUCCAGGGCAUCCUCACGACGAGCAAUUUGUACCAUUAUAAUGAAAACUUUCUUUAUAUAGAUUUGUCUCUCUUAAAAUUUUUGAAGGGAUUCGAAAUAAACGACAUCGCCCAGCUGAAGGAAAAAGCCCAACAGGUGCAGCAGCAAAAACACGAAGAAGUCAUAUGCUUCGCAUACAAAGAAAUAGAGUUGAGCGCGAAGGAGAGGGAGGAGUUCUUCCAAUAUGAAGAUGACAAUGACUACACAUUUGACAACAAAGAAAUGAAUAACAACAUGGAGGAAACUUACCUCAAGUAUGUAGAACAGAAUGACUACACGUGUGUCUCGAUCUUGGUGUUCGAAAAAAUGCUGAGGAAGCACUUCUAUUUCGAUUACAAAAUGUUGGAAGCGAAUGGCAUGAGUGUGAAGGUAUUCACCAAGGACAGCAUGUCUAAGGUGAAGAAGCUGUUUUUCGAUUUCCCUCAUUUUUUUGAAAAUUUCAAGCUGUACAAUGCAAAGUUGGUGGGGGAAGAGGAAGCGUUAGAUUUGCACUACCAAAAUGAAGGAGACCGAUUUGGUAACCAUCCCCAAGGGGGGGACAAGAAAAACGCGAAGGAUAAUUUGCAAACUGUGGAAGAAAAAAAUUGGGAUGGAAAUGACUACAAUGAGACAAGCCAUGGAGAGGGAACAAACCUGGGGAAUUACACCCUGAAGAAGGGGAAUAACAAAUCUUUGGGGCCCAAUAAAUGCAGAAGUGAAGUUUUAAAUUUGAAAGAGUGUGAUGAUAACGUGAUGAUAAAUAUGACUAGCCAAAAUGAAGCGAGAAAAAAAAAGCAUGAUUUUCUCCUAAGUAACAACAUUUUUUACAACUGCGAGAAUACGGAGUUAUCACGUCUGUUGACCAUCUCGAAUUAUUACGGGAAAAAUGCACUCGCGACAAAUGAAAGCAGUGUAGACUGCGAAGAGGGUUCGUGUAGCCUACGCAUAUGUGACAACAGGGGUAGAGGAGAAAGUAAAGAAAAAAGCGAUAUUGUUAUUUUGAAUAAAAGUUUAUACGAUUUUGUAAAAUUGAAAAAUUUCUCAAAUUGUAUUCUCACCAAUAUACUCUUAUUCAUCGAGUAUAAUAUCACCUUGUAUGUCUGCCUUGUCAUUUUUUCAACCGUUUGCACCUUGGUAAAUGGAUUCGAAUUUUUAAAUACCAUACAAAUACUUUACAUAUAUUUUGUGAAGAACGUCAUUUUUCACUACCUAUCCUGUUAUCGAAAGAGUUCCAUAUGUACAGUUGGGAAGAUGAAAAAACAAAGCUACGACUUUUUUAAGGAAAAUGAUAUAAAUAGUAUGAUUUGUUCUAUUUUAUCCAAGACGGUGAUUUUAUUUUUGGUAUUUUUCUUUGGACAUGUAUUUAUUCCUGAGUCCAAAUGGGAUUUUGUGAGUCCAGAUUUGAGGAACUUGUUUGAAUUUUCAGAAUUUUCAUACCUUACGGAUAGGGAGCAAUCCAGCUACUUUUACACCAUACGUUCUUGUAUUCGUUUUAAAAAAAAUUUAGAAAAUUUGAAAAUACAACAUGUUAUUGAUGUUAAGAAUGAUUACAGAUCGAUGGCUGAAUGGGAUACCUUUAUCAGUCCGGGUAGACAUGGCACUAUUCUGUUUAACAUUUUUUUUCUCUUUUUCUUUUUCUCCUAUAUUCAUAUUUAUUUGAAGUCGUUUUUGAGGGACAUAUACAUAUAUUGGGAAAUGUACGAGGGGCAACAAACUAACAGAUUUAGGAACUACAUCAUCCCUUUAGUGGGUAGUGAAAGGGAGGGUAAGAAGGACCUCUCCGCAGAUGUUCGCCAAUUUAUGGAGGAGCUGAAGGAGGAGGGGAGUCAAUCUACUAGCUUGGUUAACACCAAAAAUGUGAAGAAUUCGGGAAAGGGAUCAAAGAACCAAUUUGAAAAUGGACAAGCGGGGAAGAAUGCAAGUCGAAAGAUACCACCCACGGAGGAAGCGAACAAUGGAGAGAAGCAGUUUUCCAUACUAAAAAUAGCUAGUCAAAUAAUCUCUAAAUCAAGCUUACCCAAUAAUAAUUUUAAUGUGAUGUUACUGAACCUUAUUUGGGAAAAUUACAUGACAUUCAUAAUUUUUUUUUGUCUUUUGGGGGUACAUAUUUUUGUCAUUGAGUUCGGCUCCUUCUUCUUUAACUUACACGUGACGGGAUUGACUCUACUGCAGUGGGUAUUCUGUUUCGCCUGUUGUCUCCUCGACUUUGUUCUUUAUUUUGUUACUUUGCGCCUCGGCCUGUUUCUGCUGCCCGCCAGUUCUUUUAAAACCUUUCAGAAUUUGUAUGAGCCGCGGGAAAGGAGCGUGUAA